UUGCUCAUGAACAUGCUGCUGAUUUAACAGGCGAUAUCGGAGCAACUGAUGAUCCAAUUGAUGGAACUCUUUGGGCCCAUAUAAUAUUCAUGUCUUUAGCCUUUGGUAUUAUAUUUCCAAUUGGCAUGGUAUUGGGCUUUUCCCGUUCUCGUUAUCAUGUUCCUAUUCAACUCGUAGGAACCUUCUUAGCUACAUUAGGUUUCUUUCUUGGUCACGCUCACGAAGGUCGUCAAUUUGCUGGUGACACAGCACAUGCUUCAUACGCAUCUUACAUCAUGAUUCUACUAAUGUCACAAGUUUGUCUUGGUUUAUACCUUAAAUGUCAUUUUGAAAAUGGCGUAAAUGAGUGGAUUAGGCCUAUGAGCGUUAAGUUUCAUAGAGUAAUUGGUAUUUGUAUGCCAGUUGUUGGAUAUAUACAAAUGGUUUUGGGUGCUAUUACCGCUACUGGAUGGUGUAGAGGAGCCAAAUUAGGGCAAUGUCUUGCACAUUUCAUAAUGGGAUCCUCAUUCAUUGCACAUGGAAUAUUAUUAAUACUUGUCAUGAGAUUUUCUUCAGAAUGGUUACGCCGUAAAGGAAAAUUGCAAGAUUAUUACGAUAGUUGGGUUAUUAUGAUUUGGGGAUUUAUAAAUACAUUUUUGGAACAUAGAUGGGGAACAAGUUGGACUACUGGUGAUAUACAACACACGCUUGUAGGCAUAAUGUGGUGGUCAGGUGGCCUACUCGGUAUCUAUCUAUCCCGUAAAAGCAUAAAACGAAAUAUCAUUCCAUCGUUAAUAAUAAUAUUCACCGGCUAUAUCCUGAGUCAACAACCUCAGACAUUAGACAUAUCAUCAGAAAUUCACAGAUUAUUUGGAUUUACCUUAAUGGGUGCUGGCAUUGCGCGAUUGAUUGAAGUUUGUUUUUUGGUCGUAGAGAAACCAAUCACGCCAUUUAGAAGUUUAUGUCCUUUUUUAUUGAUAAUUUCCGGUCUCCUUUUUAUGGGUGCACACGAAGAUCAAGUUCUAUACCUUUCUACAAAUGGUAUUGACGCAUAUUCAUAUGCACUCAUUCAACUUACAAUAGCAUUUUUUAUAUUCUUUGCUGUGAAUUUAAUGAUUGAUAUAUAUUGGAUGUCGGGUAAGAAUGAUGGAGAACCCAAAUAUGAGAUUAUUGGAAAUGUGACAAAUGAAAAUGAUCUUAAUAGUUCAAGGGGUAACAAAGGAAAGAAUGAACCAAAUAGAGAUGUUUUAGAAGGUAGAAACGGAAUGGAUGGUGGUGAUGGAGGUAGAGGAAGAUUUACAAGUAGAAAUUCAAGUUUUAUAGAUGAUGAAAUUGAAAAAAAAUCUGAUGGAUUUGUGGUAAAUUAUUUAUUGGUUGGUCAACAUGCUGAUGAGAAAUCACAAGAUGGUGAUGAAAGGACGGAUGAGAUGUGA